AUGCCAAGCAUAUUUGAGCGGGCCAGCAAGAACAUGAUCAAAAAUCUCGGAGGCAAAGACAUGGUGCCUGUCACGUGUGCACUGGAUGCCAACAAAUUCCAUCAGCUUAGUAUAAUACUGAAGAGAUCUCGAUUUUUGAUUGGGGAACAUCCUGAGGACAUUCCAGUUGGAUAUUCCCUCAUGCAAAUUCUGGAACCAAGUUCUUCAGUCCCAGACUCUGUAAUAUCUGGACCACUUAUCACCACAGAACUUGAGGUCAACAAGCUGAAGGCUGAUGUGAGUGUCAAAGCUGCUGUGGAAGUGAGUGCAUCAGGAGAUGUCGCUUGGUCCCAUGGAUCCACCAUUGAGGUUCAGAGUGUGAGCAUCUCAAACUGCGACCUGGAAAUCCUUCAGAACAGGAAACUGUUGGACCCAGAGCCCUCAUUUUUGAGUGGCUGCCGAAGGAGAGGAGACAACCUCUAUGUGGUGACAGAAGCUGUUGAACUGAUCAAAGAUACUAUACUUCGUGACAAUAGCAAUGUGGCUGUUUCAGGAAAAGCAUCUAUCCCCCAGGUUCCUUUCAUCAAGGCUGAAAGCCAGGGACAAGGUCAGAGGGAGACAACAAUGACUGUCCCUCAGGGCACAGUGAUGGCCUACAGGAAGAAGAAGCUGGUCAUCAAGGACAAAUACUGCAGCAUACUUGUAAUCAAUGACACAAAGCAGAAGACCUUUCAGUUUGUUCCACAGAACAUGAAACUCACAAGAAAACCACAGCUUGAAAUCAAGCCUUCAUUUGGAAAUGUGUUCAGUGAAGAGGAGCCCAAGCCAAGGAGUGAAUCCUCCAGUGUACUGAUGCCAGUGCCACAUCUAAUCAAGGCAGGCAUGGAAAUUUACAGAGAUCAAGAAGAUAUAGAAGAGAUAGAGAAUCUAAGCUCAGGAUUCUAUGGUGAGCAGGAAUGUAUAGAAGAGCUACAGGAUCUAAUGAAAGAACUCUACGGUGAGCAGGGACCCAAGGGAGGCAGCUGGGUUGGGAUUCCUUCUCCCCAGGAGAAAGAGCAGAGGAAAGGCCACAAAUUUGGUGAUAAACAUGGUCAAUAUUUGAUUCUCUUUCUAGGAAUAAUAGAAGAACCUUUCGGACAAAAUUUUAGUCUUCUAGAAGAGGAGGUUUCUGGGAAUAUGGAGGCACUGGCACAAGUCUCAAAGGACAGAAGAGAUGUCAUAUUCCAUUCUAUCGUGGCCAUGCUGGGUGACAGAGAAACUAUGCAGAUGCUGAUGGACACGUGGGAAAUGGAAACCUUGGGUCAUCUGGAUGGCCCUGGUGGCAAGAUCCUAGAUGAGCUCCGACAGGGAUCAAGUCCUUCCUGGAUUAACCUCGAGUACCGCAUUUUUUACCUUCUGGAAGUCCUAAUGGUGCUGAGUGACACCCAGCUUUUUCUGCUGGCCCAAUCUGUGGAGAAGAGAAUUAUGUUUCAGCAACGAGAACUGGUACGGAGCAUCCUAGCGCCAAACUUCAAGUACCCCUGGCACAUCCCUUUUACCAUCCAAGCAGAGCUCCUCGCCCCACUUCAGGAAGCGGGCUUGCAUGUCACCUAUGCGCUGCUGGAGGAGUGUGGCCUCAAGAUGGAGCUGGAGAGCCCCCGGUCAACCUGGCACCUAGAAGCCAAGAGGCCCUUGUCUGCCCUCUACGGGGCACUGUCAUUGCUGCUGCAGCUGGCUGAGGCCUGA